CAGGGAGGUAGAUUGUGAGUCAGACACACAAUGAACUGGGCAUUCCUCCAGAGCCUCCUCAGUGGGGUGAACAAGUACUCCACGGCGUUCGGCCGCGUGUGGCUGUCCGUUGUCUUCCUCUUCAGGGUCAUGGUGUUUGUCGUGGCAGCCGAGAAUGUGUGGGGCGAUGAGCAAAAAGACUUCACGUGCAACACGGCCCAGCCUGGCUGCCACAACGUCUGUUACGACCACUUCUUCCCUGUGUCCCACGUCCGCCUCUGGGCCCUGCAGCUCAUCUUCGUCACAUGUCCCUCUCUCCUGGUGGUAAUGCACGUAGCCUACAGAGAUGAACGUGAGCGUAAACACACACUAAAAUAUGGUGAGGGCUGCCAGAAAAUCUACAUGAACACCGGUAAGAAACGUGGAGGGCUGUGGUGGACCUACGUCCUGACCCUGGUCUUCAAGAUGGCUGUGGAUGCCAUCUUUGUGUAUUUAAUCUACCAUAUCUACGAGGGCUAUAACUUCCCCUCCCUCAUCAAGUGUGAGCAGAAGCCCUGUCCCAACAAAGUGGACUGCUUCAUUGCUCGCCCCACUGAGAAGCGGAUCUUCACCAUCUUCAUGGUGGUCACCAGUCUGGCUUGUAUCCUGCUCUCCUUCUUGGAGAUCCUGUACCUGGUCGGGAAACGCUGUAAAGAGGUCUUCACCCGUAUUAUGCACAAGAACUCACCCUCCUCCACCAUCCAGCCACGCCAGAUGGCCAUGGCUACCUCCCUGGUGGUUGGUGGCAAGAAUGGAAUGCAGUCCAACUCAUUAAAGCUGCCCUCAAUAAAGCUACCCAGCAAGGAUACCUCAGCCCCAUCUUAUAGCGUUGUCGUGUAUGCCUGAGGUAAAGACUGGACAAAGACAUUAGAGACUGAAUGAGAGAAUGCAAAGAAGACAUAAGUAUGGAGGCAAUGGGAAAUAUCUUCCAUUUCUCUUCAGGCCCUCACUGGGCUAGAGAGUACCUCACUGCCAUUCAAGACUGUCUUCUCAUUGCCUGAGCUACAAUGGAACUGGAUGGCUCUUGACAUUCCUGGAUAAAUUGUUUACCUACCAUUCUGUCAUUGACCGGGUAAUUAAACAAAUCAAUUAGUCACUUUAAAUAAAAUAUCCAUCAUUUACAGAGGAAAGUUUCACGCUAGGGCUGGGAAAUGUAAUUUAUUCUUAUGUUAUUUGUUCGCUGUUUACCACACCUCACAACUUUACCAGUGCUAAUUUUUAUGAAAGGACUCAACCAUUGCCACACUGUGCCCAUACCACUGCUGUUCUUAUGCCCUUGAGAAGUUGAUUUCCCUGUCUCAUCCUUCAUUACGAAUGGCAGAGACUGCAUCAGGCUUUGUUGUGAAAACGAUGAAGCAAAGAGCAAUGUAUUUUCAGACAAUUAAAAAUAUGUAAUUUCUUCUAUG